AUGAUUUACCACAACCUUUUACUUAUACUGCUGCUAUACACUAAGUACAACGAAGCCUACAUCUACCCGAUAGUAUGCCGGACGUGCGGCAACAAAAUAGACGCGGUGUUCAACGAAUUGCAAUUGGACGAGAACCGUUACGGCUUGGACACCGUCCGAAGCGUAAUGGUGCCCAUCAGCAACGGCCUCUGCGGCAUCUGGUGGAAUUUCCUCGAGGUGUACGAAUGCCUGUCGUCCAAGUACUACCAGCAGGAGAAGGCGCCGGCGCCGAAGGAGAGGUCCCUGUUGGACGGCAUCGGGACGUGGAUGGGCAUCGUGAAGGAAGAGGAGCCGCCGGCCAAGUGCAAUUACUAUUCGAUAACCAUCGUUAGCGUGACGACGCUGUUUGUGAUGUUACUGUUGUACUCCGUGAAGAAGAUGAUCGACUAUUUCAAAGAGGACGACUAUCCGUUCGAGGUGAAAUUCAACGAGCGUUUCAAGAUGUGCAGUUGUAAACUCAACGGAUUCGUAUACGACGAUCAGUUUCGAAACGUGGCCGCCGCAGGAAUGAUGCUCAAGCGCCAGUUGAUCGCCGGUUUGGUAGCCGUCGCGCUCGUCGCGACGGCCCGCUGCGAGGACGAUCUCAAAGUCGAGGUGUUGUACAAGCCCGAAAUGUGCGAGGUCAAGUCGAAAAGCGGCGAUAUGUUGACCAUGCACUACACGGGGACGUUGACCGACGGCACCAAGUUCGAUUCCAGUUUGGACCGCGACCAGCCGUUCUCGUUCCAGCUGGGCGUGGGCCAGGUGAUCAAGGGCUGGGACCAAGGUCUGGUGGACAUGUGCGUGGGCGAGAAGCGCAAGCUGGUGAUCCCGCCCCACCUGGGCUACGGCGACAAGGGCGCCGGCAACGUCAUCCCCGGCAAGGCGACGCUGGUGUUCGAAGUCGAGCUGAUCAACAUCGGCGACGCCAAGCAAACGCAGACCAACGUCUUCAAGGAGAUCGACCACGACAGCGACAACCAGCUCAGCCGCGAAGAAGUGAGCGAGUACCUGAAGAAGCAGAUGGUGGCGGCCGAAGGGGACGUGCCCAGCGACGAGAUGAAGAACAUGCUGGCCGAGCACGAUAAGCUGGUGGAGGAGAUUUUCAUCCACGAGGACAAGGACAAGAACGGGUUUAUAUCGCACGACGAGUUCUCGGGGCCGAAGCACGACGAGCUCUAGGGGGGGUCAUUAGACACAACAGUCAUUCCGAGCGAUAUCCGUUUUUUCUACCGUAUUCGUAUUUUUAUACAUGGUUUUUAAACGAUGAAUCGAAAGCGCGUUUCGCGGUGCAAUUUUUUUUAUUACUUCAUUGUUGUUGACUAAUUUAUUUGAGGGUUUUCUUUUAAGUGCACAGACUUUGUUAUCGCAUUGAUUUUUUUUUUACUUGUUCGUAUUUGUUGAAAGAAUCGAUGUUUUUAUACGAAUUUUAAGAAAAAUGUGGUUUUUAUAAAUAAAAUCUGUUAAAGAAA